AUGACUAUACUGAGUAAAGUUAUUGAUUACGACCAGAUGGAGAAUAUUACAACAGAAUUUAAUAGAUUAGCAGACAGGUGUUAUCUGGAUCAUGCAGGUGCUGCAUUGUAUCCACAAUCAUUGCUCCAACAUGUUCAUGAUGAUUUACUCAAUAAUGUUUAUAUGAAUCCACAUACUGAUAGAUACACCAAAGAAUGUAUUGAGCAAAUCAGAUUUUUGAUCUUAAACCACUUUCAUACAGAUCCAUCCAAAUAUUCCGUAGUAUUUACCUCAGGAGCAACACAAUCAUUAAAACUUACUGUGGAAGCAUUUGAUUUUGCAUCAAACACAAAUGAUGGAUUAGAUUGUGGAUCAUUUGUUUAUCUCAAUGAAAACCACACAUCAGUACUUGGUUUAAGAGAAAUAGCAGAGGAUAAGAAUGUAGAUGUUAUAAAUAUAUCUCAUGAGAAUUUUCUCAAAUCUAUUAAACACACAGAUACUACUACAAAACCCAUGGUUAAAGAUAAAACUGAUGGCAAUAUCCUUCUUACAUAUCCAGCUUUAAGCAACUUUAAUGGUUUUAAGUAUCCUAUAGAUUGUAUACAAAAUAUAAAAAAUGGGUGUUUGAACAGAUAUUUGAUGAAACAUUUAUGCAAAGUAAAUUGCAAUUGGUAUGUUUUACUAGAUGCAGCUUCUUUUGUGCCGUCAAAUAAUUUGGACUUGUCGCAGACCCAACCUGAUUUUGUUUGCAUGUCAUUUUACAAAAUUUUUGGCUACCCAACUGGAUUGGGUGCACUUUUGAUUAAAAACACGAGUGGAGAUGUAUUAUGUAAAAAACGAUAUUUUGGUGGUGGAACAGUCGAUAUUGUAUUGAGUAAUGAGAACUUUCAUGUAAAACGAAAAAUUCUCCAUGAAAGAUUAGAAGAUGGAUCUCUUCCAUUUUUAUCAAUAUUAGCAUUAAAACAUUGCUUUGACACAUUACAUAGGUUAAUUCCUAAGACAAUUAACAAUGAUAUGAUGGACACUAUAGCUUAUCAUACAUAUACUUUGGCAAAAGAUUUAUAUAAUCAGUUAAUGGAACUUCAUCAUCCAAAUGGCAAGAAAGCCGCUAUCCUCUAUAUGGAUUCCGAUUUUUCAGAUAUAAAAACACAGGGUGGAAUUGUCACAUUUAAUCUUCUGAGAGAUGAUGGAUCAUACAUUGGCUAUAUGGAGUUCCAAAACAUGGCAGACUUAUUCAACAUUAAUGUGAGAACAGGCUGUUUCUGCAAUGCUGGUUCAUGUCAAAGACAUCUAAAUGUAGCCAAUAGAGAAUUGAAGGAAAUGUACAAAGCAGGUCACACGUGUGGUGAUGAAACAGACUUAAUCAAUGGAAAACCGACUGGCGCUAUUAGAAUCUCAUUUGGCUAUUAUAAUACCUUCAAUGAUGUGGAUAAACUUAUUUUAAUGAUCUGUCGAUGUUUCGUACGUAUGAAGUUCAAGAGACCAAAGCGUUUUAUGACUUAUUACGAAGAAUUUACUGCCUCCAAAUCUAUUAAGAAAUCAUACAAAGAUGAAAUGCUUAACUUAUCAAGUGACAGAGUUUACUUAAACACCAAUUAUCUAUCGCCCGAACCGACUGAGGGGAACAUUGUUUUAGAUGAAAUAGCUAUAUAUCCAGUAAAAUCGUGUGGAGCUUUCAAAAUAAAAACAGCUUGGAAAAUAGGAUCAAAAGGUUUUGAGUUUGACAGGGAGUGGAUGAUAGUAAGAGAAAAUGGUGUAUGUUUAACUCAAAAGCAAAGUACAGAAAUGUGUAUCAUUCAACCAGAAAUUGAUCUGAAACACAAACUUUUGACUCUAAAUUUUAAAGGUAUGCCUUCAAUAUCCAUAUCACUAAAUCAAGUUACAGAAAAUGUAAGCAAUCAUGGUUCUUUGUGCAAUAGUAAAGUUUGCAUGGAUAUAGUAAAAGGCUAUGACUGCGGAGAUGAAGUUGCAGAUUGGAUCUCAAAUGCAUUAGGUAUUUCAUAUCUAAGAUUAGUAAAACAGUCGAACACUGACAACAGAAUUCAAAAGAAAAACAUUGAAGGUGAUCAGAAAUUAUUAUCAUUAAGUAAUCAAGCUCAAUUUCUAUUAAUAAAUAAAGCCACAGUGAGAUGGCUACAUAAAAAAAUUAAAGAUCCAUUGUUCACAGCCAAUAUUGAAAACUUAACUGACCGUUUUAGAGGAAACUUGAUUAUUGACAUGAAAGAUGAAUUAGUUGAAAAAGAGUGGCAAAGAGUAAUAAUAGGAAGUCAUGAAUUUAAGGUGGAAGGAACUUGUCAAAGGUGUCAAAUGGUAUGCAUUGAUCAACAAACAGGAGAGAAAACUGCUGAACCUCUCAGAACUAUCUCGGAGCAAUUUGCAGGAAAAAUGAGAUUUGGCAUAUAUUUAAGUUACAUAGACCCAGUAAAUGGAGCUAAAGAUAAAUUUUUAAAAGUAAAAUCACAAGUGAAACCUGUGAUAAAUGAUGAUAACAUAAGCAGAUGA